AUGAAGCAGCGCGAGGCGUUUCGACGGUCGAACGCGAAGACGCACAAGGAGAACGAACGAAGGAACGCGAUCGAGAGGCAGGAGAAACGAUUGGCGCGGUGGCGAGCGGGGGUGGCGAUGAAACGGGAGUACGAGAUGAAGUACGGGGGAGGGCUCGGCGAGACGACGGCGCGAGGCGAAUGA